UCUAAGGACGAAUACUAAAAAAAAUCGUCGUUCAAAUGUCAAAUCAAACGACAACUCACAGCUGGAUUUAUUAGACGAUUUCUUUUGGCGAUAUUAUUGAAUUAAAUCUCUUUUAUAAAUUAUUUGUGCAUUGUAAUGCUAUUUUUUUGUUAAAAUAUGUUGAUUUUCAAGUGUGGCAUAAUUAUAUUAUCUUCAACAUAUAUAUUGUCUAUUUGUUUCCAAAUCGCUAAAGAGACGAAUUCCUUGGACACUGGCCUUGCUUUUUUGUACAUUGCCAGCGGUGCAAUAGCUGGCAAAAUCAUUUACGACAGAUACCAGCAAGUUUACAUACUGGGCUCACUAACACCCAAUCCUAAUGUCACAUUGUUUGCAAAUAGGAUUGCUUCUUUCUCGGCCUCAUUCCUGUCUUUGGGCUUCCUUGUUUACUUCUUUCUCUUCUUAUUUAAGGUAAAUAAUAAUUGCUUAACAGCAUUAAAUAUUUUUGUAUGUGGAUUUGGUACUUUAUAUAUAUGGAUGCAGUGCAUCAUAACAACUUAUAUCUCAACACUAUUCUACGAUAAAUAUUUGUUAGUGCUUCGACAAUGCCUUGCCAAUGUGAGCUUCCUAAUUUUAAUUAUAAUGGCAAUAUUCGGAACCGUCACAUCUUUGCUACCAUUAGCAGGUGGCUCCAGUGGAAUUACCUUCUGUUUUUUCGUGACGUCCCUGUGCGGUAACAUAUUGGCGGCAAUAUUUUGUAUAUUCAUAUUAUCUUUUGAAAAGGAGUAUGAAUAUUUUUCAGAGGGAUUGAGGUCAGAAAUGCUGCUUGAUGAUGACUGUUCUUUGAACAAUGCGUCACUAUCAGACGUGGAAAGUUUAUUCAGGGCCCAAAACGUAACGUCUAGUGCAAUCGUCAUAAAGGGUAAUAUCUGCUGUGCAAAAAUGUCUUGACCUGAGGCCGUGCCCUACGCGGGCACGCCACCUGAUACAACGAACCAAGCACCAAACUCGCCUUCUUAUGGUAGCUUCGGUAAUACGAAUUUAAAGUUAGUUGUUAAGCAAGAAAAUGAAUGUGACGAAGGUAGACAAGAAGAAGACGUAGAAGAUAAUGACAGUGGUAUGUCAUCAGAAGAGAACGAUGACUCUUCUAAAGUAAAUUUAAGUGAUAAUGUAAAUAAGAUCGUUAGUUUACCUUUAGAUGAUAAUUGUGAAGUAACGACAAAGUGCCUAUCUUUCGAAUCUCAUUGUGCCGAGCACUAUACUGAGAUUCCAUGUUGUUCGAACGACUUUAGAGAUAUAAGUGUUACUGUGGAAAAUGAUGCAAAUGAAUUGUUGAUUCCACAUUGUUCGAACGACUGUAGAAAUGUAAGUGUUAAUAUGGAAAGUAAUACAAAUAUACUGCAUUUGGAUGGUUCUGAAGAUGCACAUAUUGAGAGUAAAGUUCCAGAUUAUAUUGUGAUAGAUCUGACAUGUGAUGUCGAGAGUGUUUGUGAUUUAAACAGUGACGAUAUGGUGGUAAGAGGUACAAAUGAUAGUAACGAUGAUUGUGAUUAUUCCGGUAUACCUAGUGUUGAAGCAAAUAAAAGUUUAGUACCAGUUGAGAACAACGAAAUCGCGAACACUGAAAAUCAAAAGCUGCUCAGCUUAUCACUAUCAAUACUCCUCGCUGCGCUGUUACAGGCGAUGCGCUGUUUCGCCCAGUUUUUAGAAGAUAUUGUAGUCCCACAACGGUAAUAAUUAAUAAUCAAUUUAUGUGUUCCUUUUGUAUAUUGGUGCAGUAUUUAUUAGUUUUAUUGUAAACAUACAAAAUGUCAAUAAUAUUAUAUUUAACUACAUUUUAAA